AUGGCGCCCGCGCGCCUGAGCGGGCUGGCGAAGCAGGUCCUGUCGCUGCACCGCUCGCUUCUCCGCGCCGCGCGAUCGAAGGACGCGACCGCGCGAGCGGCCAUCUCGCGGCAGAUUAGGGACGACUUCGAGCGUCACGCGCGUCUGGACCCGAGGAAGGAUGUUCUGCUCGUGGAGCACCUCAUCCGCGCGGGUAACAAGAAGCUCGCGAUGCUGCGCGACCCGAACGUCGUGGGCGCGCGAUGA